AUGUCCGUCCAAAGCUCCCCCAAGCCCUCCUUCGAGUCCGAAGAGAGACCAGAGUCCAGACAAAGCUUGAAUACACCCGCGCUCUCCGCCCAUCGACGUAGUAUCUCCUUCGAAGCCAGCCCGCGAAGUGAGAGUCCGCGCCGACGAUCCAUCCAAUUCAACGUCGGCAACGGGGAGUCGCAACUACCCAGUCGCUCCCACAUCAUCAAGGAGAAGCGCCUUUCAUACGCAGAUGCGCCAGUCAUUAGGGAUCUAGAUGUGGAAAGAGAGCCGCGGGCUCCAUCUACAAGUCGCGGGCCAUCUCCGCCGCCGCCAAAGACCUAUGAACGUGGUGUUUCAUUCAAUACCUUUGAUAACCGUGACGCUGCAGAUUUCUCGUUGACCCUCAACUACAAGCAUAAGGGAUACCAGAGUACCCGACGGAGCAGGACGUUUCUGUGUGGCACGGACCAGAAUGAUUACUCCGACUUUGCGCUGAACUGGCUGAUUGAUGAGCUGGUUGCUGACGGGGAUGAGAUCGUUUGUCUGCGCGCGGUGGAAAAGGACUCGCGUAUGGCGAGCGAUGCUGGAAUCGAGGAGGGCAAGUAUCGCCAGGAAGCGGAGAGGCUGUUCGAGCAGGUCAUCCAGAAGAACAGCCAAGACGAAAAGGCUAUCAGCUUGGUCUUGGAGUUGGUCGUCGGGAAAGUGGAGGAGAUUAUUCAACGAAUGAUUCGUAUCUAUGAGCCGGUUAUGCUCAUCGUCGGAACCCGGGGCCGAAACCUCAAAGGAGUCCACAGUCUCCUACCCGGCUCCGUCUCCAAGUACUGUGUCCAGCAUUCACCAAUCCCCGUCAUCGUGGUCCGCCCCUCACCCAAGCGCGAGAAGAAAAAGAAGAAGCGUCGUGCAGACCCAGCCCGACGCAGCUACAAUCAUCUUCUUGAACUGAGCGAGAAACGUGGCAGCCGUGUAUUCAACACUAGCUCCAGUACCGAGAGCAGCGCCCUCAAACUACCUGAUGAAGAAGCUGCCGUCGCUGAAGCCCUGGGACUCCCGGCAACGUACUCUCGCAAUACCUCGCGAAGCUCCUUAUCUGUAUCAGAUCGGAGCAGUCUAAGCCUCGAAGAUUCAGACCCGACCUCCCCUGUCCCAUAUUCUCUAGACUCUGUUCUUAUGAGAAGCCCCUUGAGCGGUAGCUUCUCUAGUUCGGAAGAGAGUGUUGUGGACAGCGAACUACCGCGGCGGCGAUCUUCAUCGCCAAUACCCCCGCCCCGAUCACAGUCGCCCUCCCCGGAGGAAGAUUCCUCAGACGAGUCAGAGCAUCAAGACAAGGAAGAAAGUGCAACAGACCCGAUCUCCGAAGCAACUGAUGCUACCGCUAAACGGAUGUCGAUACCCGUGAUAGAGGUCUCAAACGAAAAUGAGGAGAAAGGCACAGACAAGGCUGAGUGA